AUGGCGGAGGCUCAAUGGGUCCAAUUCUCUGUGCAGCGUCCGAAAAGGAAAAGAGCUGAACUCGCCUGUGAGACAUGUCACUCCAAAAAGAUAAGGUGUGAUCUUCAAGCACGAAGCGCGGGAGGCCACAGUACUUGUACUAAUUGCUUGUCUACUGGCAAGGGCUGCAGGCCGCGCCCUUCGAAGCGUGAUAAAGCACGUCAGGGUACAGAAGAUGGGCAGCUCAAUCCUUUGACUCCUCCUGGCGAUAUCGAAACCCAGGACUUCGAUGCGAGUGCUUUCCAGAGUCAGGCCAUUGGUGCAACUUUAGAUAUCGAGAUUCCUCCCGCUUUGACGCAUCUCAGCAGUGUGAACAUCUACCAGGCUAGCUUACCAAUAGCAAGCAUCAACAAUCCACGCGUAACGGAAAGCCCGCAACAGGUUUUUGACAGGGCCUCCGUCGUCUCCAACGACACCUCACAAAAUUGGAGAGCAUCUGAAAAUGGAAACAGUCGCUAUGUGGUUGAUCCAGGGUUUCUGCAGGUCUAUGGCCCGGAGAACGACGAUGAUGCUCGAAAUCAAGCCACAAUUGCGAGAAAGGCCCCAAACUUCUUGGAGGAAUCUCAAUCCGACUUACAGCAGAGUUUCGCCGAGACGUACUUCGAGUACUGCUAUACUUGGUGCCCUGUCCUAGACAAGUCCAACUUAUCCAGGGAUCUUGCGAGGUCAUUGUUACUUGCUGAUGCACUGGCCCUUGUCGGUACGCAUAUACAACCCCCGAUGCUUCCUCAUGCUAGCCCGGCAUCCUACUACGAUCGUGCACGGAUGAGAUUUUACGACGAUGAGGAGCCAGACCUCAUCACCUGCCUGAAGGCAGUAUCUUUAUUCUAUUGGUGGUCUCCUCGACCUCCUUCGAUCGUCCAUCGACACUCAUCUUGGUGGUGGGUGUCAGUCGUGAUCAAACACUGUCAACAAGCUGGCUAUCACCGUGAAUCUGGAAUGGAUCUCGCUACGCCAGAAAUAGAUCUUGGGUUGAGGAGGAGGAUUUGGUGGACAGCUUUUGCACGCGAAAGACUGACAGCUAUAUGCCAGGGCAAACCUUGUGUCAUUGAUCCCGAAGAUUGUAAUGUCCCCGAGCCUACUUUGGCAGAUUUUCCCGAGCUCGAAGACAAAGUGAAAGCCGAAGUCUUCAUAUACUGGGUGCGGUUAUGCGCGAUCAUUGGCCGCAUAGCGAAGUAUCUAUCAAGGACAUCGAACGAUGCCUCGACUUCGUUCCCAGUUCACCUCGGACAGGAGUUGAUUGCCUGGGUUCGUUCGUUACCUCCGCAUCUGCAACUACCCAUCAAUUCCAGCUCUACAACAAACUUCAGUCGUGAUGUCCACCUGUUGCACUUGCCAUACCUGACAAUCAUUAUCGUCCUUUACCUCAAGCGAACAUCCACGCAAUCGCUUCCUCAAGCACUGCCACCGGCGACCUUGGCUGCUACUUGCUUGGCAAGGAUUCUAAAAGAUGUCCUAGUACGAAGCGGUACUAGAUAUUUGAUGGGCAUCACUUGCUGGUAUUGUGGUAUGGGGUUCAUCGCACUCCUACAAGCUUCGCAAACCGAAAACCUCAGACUCGGCGCAGAUGCAGAUCUGGAUAUUCUCUCACUUGCGAUUAAGCAACUAAAAUCCAUGUGGGCGACCGCCAACGUUUUUGAGCAGGGGUUUGAACGUCUGAAAGGGAAAGCAAGAUCAACUUCCACGGCAGCAGGAAGCUCCAGCUUUGUGGAUAUAGUUGAUAAUCAUGCGACUGAUUCACGUUCAAGUGCAAAAGAAGUUGACAUGCAUGAUGGCAUAGACUGGAUGGACUAUUUUCCAUUCGUGACGGCCCAGACAAGUGUCGUGGCGAGCCAUAUUCUGGCGCAACAAAGCGCCAACCUCUUUUCAUUCGACAACUUUGGCGAUACUUCAAUGUUGCAUUUCCAAGAUCUUUUCGAAGGUCUUGACAGCUGGACUGAUCCUAAACUCUUCUUAUAA